GUGGCCAGAUAGUCGAAGCUCAAGAUAGGUAUUUCUAAUGAGUGGAAGCACUGGGGAGGUGUUUCUGAAAAGUGGCCAGUGAGUGGAAACACUGGGGAGGUGUUUCUAAUAAAGUGGCCAGUCAUUUUGCAGCGAUAGCACAGGGGGGCGGGGCCUUAACACAUUGCGGCAGAGCCAAACUGUCAAAGCAGUUGGCAUGAAGUUUCACUGGUCUCACUUUCCGCACGCAGCUGCUUCAGAACAAGGCGUUUGUUGGUCUGCAUGCCAGUUUGGUCACCAGAAGUCCGCGUGAGCUCAGCUUUUACCUCUAGGGUUUUGUCGGCUGGAGAAGUUUGAAGUUUGAAGCCUCUGUGGUCUGAGUGUGAAGAUGCACUCGAACCAGAAGGACACGACCUACACCAAGCUCUUCGUUGGAGGCCUGCCGUACCACACCACUGACUCGAGCCUCAGGAAGUAUUUCGAGGUGUUUGGGGACAUUGAUGAGGCUGUGGUCAUCACGGACAGACAGACUGGGAAGUCCAGGGGCUACGGGUUUGUGACCAUGGCUGACCGGCCUGCUGCAGAGAGAGCCUGUAAAGACCCCAACCCCAUCAUAGACGGCAGGAAAGCCAACGUUAACCUGGCCUACCUGGGGGCAAAGCCACGGAUCCUACAGCCAGGUUUCUCAUUCAGCGUCCCUCAGAUACAUCCAGCUUUUCUCCAAAGGCCUUAUGGAGACAGUGAUGAUGAUCAGACCCCAUUACAGUUACAGUACACCGCCCCAUUCCGCCAGCUCACAAGGAUUCCUGCUCAUUAUGUAUAUCCUCAGGCCUUCGUCCAGCCCAGUGUGGUCAUCCCUAACGUCCAACCUUCUGCUGCGUCCACCACCGCUGCUGCUGCGUCUCCGUUUCUGGACUACACAAGUGCUGCUGCUUACGCUCAGUACUCCACAGCCUAUGACCAGUACCCGUACGCCGCCUCUCCUGCCGCAGGCUACCUCACCACGGCCGGCUACGGCUACGUCCAGCAGCCUGUAGCAUCACCCGCACCAGCAGCAGCAGCAGUAGCAACGGCAGCGGCUGCAGCUUUUAGCCAAUACCAACCACAGCAGCUACAGACUGACCGCAUACAGUAGUGGAGAGAAGAGUCGGGCAGUUAAAGUGCAUAUAAAGUAAAAAGUGUCCCAGUUUCCACUCAAACCAAGAUAUCGAGCAGCCAAAUGAGCUUUUUUAGUUUAGCGUUGGAGCUACAAGGCCAGUGUAGGUAACAAGUAAUGGGAAUUUAUAGCUGUAUACACCAUGCUAACUGCAUUAGCCUCAAACCAUGUGCAUUUAUUAAGUAGUCUUGAUUAUGUGGUGUUUAUAACAGUGAUUUAGCCCAUGCUGCUGUUUUUAGCUAUGCUAAUAUACUUCAGUCCAUGUUUAUAGUGUUUACAGUGUUUAAUACAGUAUCAGGAACCACAUAAUCAGGUCUGUUAGCGAUCACUGAACAGCUCCACACAGUUAGAGACAAAUGCCGUUAGUUAGCGUGAUGCUAAUGUGUGGCUGUGAGCUGUUCAUUAUCUGUUAGCUACAUUAGCCUCGUAGCUCCAGCACCAAACUAAAGAGGUAACUAACUUCAGACACCAAACACGUCUCGGCUGACCGACGACAUUGGAGGUAAAAGGGUGAAACUGUGUUAAUUCGAUUUUGCGCUGUUUCGUCCUGCAGCCGGCGCUGAGUAUGAAGGAAGGCUGCAGUCCAGCCAGAGAGCAGUGAUGCUCACCGUGAAGAGAAAUAAGCUUUUAUCGGUAGCUGUUGUCUUUUGUGUUUGUGUUAUUUAAAGUGUAUUUAAUAAGGCUAAAUCUGCAAAACAGUAACUCGCAUCAUCCUCAACCGUGUCACCUCAGUGUGCUCUUUAAAUCCAGUGCUGUGCAAACGUCUCAGGCCAAAAUGAUGAUAAUGAUACGUACAGCCGUUUAUCUGGGCAGUAAACAUUCGGGUCAUUCUACAGAAACGUCCAUUUUUGUGUCCCUAGCGUUUACAGAUA